AUGGACAAGUCGUGCGACUUCCGGCUAGGUGACGAUGGUUCUUUUGAGGUUACAGAAAGCGUCCUUCGUGCUUUCUGGGACAAAGGCUACAUCAUUAUCAGGGCUUUACUGGACAACGAGGAGCUGACCAAGGUCAAGGAGGUCAUUGAAAAUCCUAAUGUACUUAAGUACCAGUACGGGCGACCAGACAAAAGUGGUAAGGAACCAAAGCUCAUAUUAUGGCAGCAUCCAGGUGAUGACGUCACAGGAAUGGUGGCUCGUUGUCGGAAGAUUGCAGGAACAUGUGAUAAGCUCCUGGGGGGCGAGGUAUACCAUUACCAUACCAAACUUGUCACGAAAGAACCCUACAUUGGAGGCACGUUUGAAUGGCACCAGGACUAUGGGUACUGGUACAAGUAUGGCUGUUUGUUCCCAGACAUGAUGAGUGUGUUUGUGGCCGUGGAUCAAUGUAGAAAAGCCAACGGAUGUCUCCAGCUACUAAGCGGCUCACACAAAUGUGGAAGGAUUGACCACACGAUCGUUGCUCAUCAGACUGGAGCUGACGUCGACAGGGUGGAGGCCAUACAAGAAAAGCUUCAACACGUAUAUGCCGAACUCGACGCAGGUGACGCUCUGUUUUUCCAUUGUAACGUGCUUCACACAAGCACUGACAACACCAGUGCCGACAAUAGACGGGGUCUCAUCUUAGCGUACAACAGGAAGUCUAACAAUCCAGGACCGCACCAAAAACACCCGGGUUACCGUCCGAUAAAUCAGGUUUCUGAUGAUGCUGUUCGACAAUGCACAAAUACGACCAAUUUUGAGGGUAAGGAUUUCUGGAUAGUACAACCACAAAUAUAG